CAAUUUAUGUAGAAUAUGAUCCUUCUUCAGGUAGUCUGGAAUGUCUACCUCAAGCACUUCAAAGAGCUGGAGUCCCACUGGAUCAAAUCACCUAGAAAAGCCCUAGACCUUGCCCUGAGUGCGGAUGUGGAGCGCGAACAGUCCAGGAAGUUCUGCUGUGACAAGCAGACUGGAUGUCGAGCUGGAGGAAGUGAGAUGGGGCCCUCAGAGCCCGGCUCCGGUUUCCUGAGAAGAAGAACAUAUCAGGGACACCGUGUCAGGCCUGGAAGGGCCUCUUUCAUGACCAAAACUGUGCCUUGUGGAAACGAGCUUCAUAAGUUCCUCAUCUGGGACACUGCCGGGCAGGAGCGGUUUCACUCGCUGGCUCCCAUGUACUAUCGAGGAUCCGCCGCAGCUGUCAUAGUCUACGAUAUUACCAAACAGGAUUCAUUUCAUACCUUGAAGAAAUGGGUCAAAGAACUGAAAGAACAUGGCCCAGAGAACAUCGUAAUGGCCAUUGCUGGGAACAAGUGCGAUCUCUCUGAUAUUAGGGAGGUUUCCCUGAAGGAUGCGAAGGACUAUGCCGAAUCCAUCGGCGCCAUUGUGGUGGAGACAAGCGCCAAGAACGCUAUUAACGUCGAGGAGCUCUUUCAAGGCAUCAGUCGCCAGAUCCCGCCCCUGGACCCCCACGAGAAGGGCAACAAUGGGGUGAUCUGCAUCCACGGCGGGAAGCCACCGGCACAGACCCGGCGGUGCUGUUGACCGGGCGCCCAGGGCGCUGCCACCGCAGGACCCGCACCCGUGCUCCGGGGUGAGGCACAGGCCUCGCUCCUGAGGCUGCGGGGAACGGGCAGGAUGGGCCCCCGAGAGGGCGCGGAGAGACCCGGGGAGCACACAGCCGCGGCGUGCCCUGUGGUGCGCGGGCGCCAGCGGGGUUGUGCUCGCUGGGUAACAGCUGCAGUUGCCCUUUUUGCUAAGCGUAUUAGAACACUGUUGGGUUUGUCCACAA